AUGCCCGUCAAAAGACGAGGCGGCGACGCGAACCUUCCGCUCCCGAUCAGCAUCGACUGGCGUAACAGGACAUGCCAAGGCCACCAGUGCCUAGGUCCAGUCAGGAACCAGGGGCGCUGCGGCGCCUGCUGGGCGUUCGCCGCGACGGCGGCGAUCGAGAGCCAACUCGCCAUCAGACCACGGGGGAACAUGAUAGUGCAGCUUUCGCAGCAGGAGCUAGUUGACUGCGAUCAGACGAGCCGAGGCUGCCGAGGCGGAUUAGCCAGAAACGCCUUCAACUAUGUCACGCAAAAUGGCAUCGCGUCGUGGCAGAACUACCCUUAUAGCUUUCUUCAGCGGCAGAAUGGUACGUGCUUAGCUAGGACCACACCGCGCACGGCCGUGACCAUGACCGGGUGGAGUCAGCUAGAGCCGCAUAAUGAGUACGACCUCCUGACGCAAGUUACCUACGCUCCCGUCGUCGUCGCCAUCUCCGUCGGAGAGAACAACACCGAUCUCACGAGCUACGCGGGCGGCCUGUACUGGGGCAAGUGCGGAACUAAGAACGAUCACGAGCUCUUGCUCGUGGGUUACGGCUUCAACUACUACAUUCUGCAGAAUUCUUGGGGACUAUCAUGGGGGGAUUUCGGCUACCUCUACCUUCCUAAGACCCAUAACUGCGGGAUCCUCGACAGGGGUGCCACUUACCCCGUGAUAGACGAUUGGGACUAG